AGCAAGGUGCCCCACUAUGGAUUCCAAAGUCAUUAUGUAAUUCUGGUAUAAAAUACACCACAACAGUCAGCCAAACAGUAGGAGGGGAGCAUAGAGUCAGUCAGAGACACGGACCACCUCAUCCCACUCAGGACGUAACAAGCAUCCAGCAAGGACUGUCUGUCUGUCAGUUUCGUCUCCUCUACAUUUAUUUGGAUCAGGGGAUUUCAAGUGGAGAAAUGGACUUCAUCCUGCCACCCACUCUGCCAGCUGAUGGUAUCCCAUGGGAGAAGGUUAUACCACCUCUCAUUCCCCGGCUGAGUGGGACUUAUGGACAAUGUAACUGGUCCCCAAAGUUACUGAUCCCAGAGAGUGAUCAUUUAAGUACAGCAGAGGUAAAUUGUGACGACACUGGAUUUACAGUUCAAGUUGAUGUAAAGCACUUCAAUCCAGAGGAUUUACUUGUUAAAGUGAUUGGGGACUUUGUAGAAGUACAAGGAAAGCAUGAAGAAAGAAAGAAGGAUGGUCCAGGAGUUACCACGAGGCAGUUUAACCGCCGCUACCGAAUCCCAAAAGGAGUGGACACCAUGGCUUUACAGUCAGUGGUCUCUCCAAAUGGAAUCCUUAUCAUAUCUGCGCCGAUGCUGCAAAGUCAGAACUCCAGAUCCCUAACCUAAUCGCGUGCAAAUCAUCACUGUACCAAUCUUCACCUUAUAUGACAAUGAAUGUAACAGAAAUAACUGCGACUCCUCCAGUCACGUCAACACUCGGCAUGUGCCAAAACAAGUCAUUUGUUGUGUUCCUGGCACAUCCUAAUAUUCCCUGUUCUCAGAUAUUUGUAUACUGUAUACUGCUCUGCUUUUCCUCAUCAAUCUUACAAAAAUGUUUAAAGGAACCAGACAUUUGUAAAUAUUCUGUGUUCACAUAUCAACCUGCUGCUUCUUUGUUUGCCACUUUUGUAAAAUGUACUGCAUGAGUAAUUGUAAUUGUGAUAAAUUAAGUACACAUAUGUAUCUCCAAACAUUUUAAUGUGGAACUACUGUAUUUCUUAAAAAAAAUACAAAUAAUCUUUAUUUUAUAAAAAAUAAAAAAAUGACUGCAUCAAUGUUCAAGUCACUUGUUGCUCAUCCAAGAAUUCUGUCAACAUACAUUCCACUUCCCUAAAAAGAAACAGAACAUUUAGCAGACAAUUAGGUAUUCAUCAUGAAUUUGUGGUGCUAUGUUGAUAUGACGAAAAGGAUCAUAAGCACCAAAUGUAUUUUUUACCUGAUCUGCUCCUUUACCCAUUUUCUUUGUUUACGUAGCACCUGUAAUAAAGUGUCAUCUUCAAACUCCUUUUCAUCUGAA